AUGCUUUUUAAGGUUGAUUUUGAAAAGGCCUAUGACUCGGUGGAUUGGGGUUAUUUGGACGCUGUUAUGGGGAAAAUGGGUUUUCCAACCCUUUGGAGGAAAUGGAUUAAGGAAUGCAUUUGUACGGCUACAGCGUCUGUUCUGGUCAAUGGGAGUCCAACUGAUAAAUUUCCCCUUGAGCGAGGUUUAAGACAAGGGGAUCCAUUAUGCCUUUUUCUCUUUCUGUUGGCUGCAGAGGACUUACACGUGUUGAUGGAGGCCAUGGUGGAUUAUAACUUGUUCACGGGGUAUAGCGUAGGUAACAUAGCCCCAGUGUCUGUUUCGCAUCUUCGGUUUGCCGAUGAUAUGCUCUUAAUGGGAACUAAAAGCUGGGUGAAUGUUCGUGCUUUACGGGUUGUUCUUGUGCUGUUUGAGACUAUGUCGGGUUUGAAGGUUAACUUACUACUUGGUUGGGCGAGGCGGCUUCAGCUUUGA